AUGCGUCGACCGAGAAACGGUCGACUGUGCCGAAGGAGACGGCGGUGGGGGCGAGGCGAGCGGCGCGGGCAACGCGGGCGAGACCGGGAGCAAGGACAUGAGCGACUGGCGACGACGUCCGCGCCCCCGAAGACCGCGCUCUCCACGACCGUCGCCACCAGCUCUUCGGCCGAGGCGCACGACUGCUCGACCGCGUCGUCGCGCUGGGAGCAGGACGAAUGGUCCGACAAGAAGAAGCGCUGGUGCUGCGAGAACGCCCUCAUCGGCUGUUCGACAAGCAGUGCCGCCCAUAGCUCAACGACGCGUGCUUCAACAUCGUCUGCGGCGACCCGCCCGUCCACAUCGGCGUUUUCCACCAAGGCCAGCGUGACGACGUCCGAGCCAGCUACGUAUGAUUGCCUGGAUACCACAACGGACUACAACUGGUCGGUGGCAAAGCUGAAGUAUUGCUGCGACACCCAUCAGAUCUGCGUAGACCGUCCAACCACUUCGGUCCAGCCGUCCAAGCCGCCUCGGUCCAGCAGCCAUGCCGCGAGGAGCACCACCGGCAAGGCGACGAGACGCACUUCCCUGGGCAAGGCCAAGCCCGACCGCACCGACGUUGGGGCGGCCGACUUCGACUGCACCGACCUGGAGACGGGGUACGGCCGCGGUGAGGGAGCGUGGCCGUUGGAGCAGAAAACGUGGUGCUGCGAGGAGCAGACCGUGUGCCUUACCACGUCGAGCCCUCCGUACGACUGCCAGGCGGGCUACAACAAUUGGAGGGCGGGCUGGUCCAAGGCCAAGCAGGAGUGGUGCUGUGCCAACGAGGUCCGCGGGUGCAAAUGA